CACUACACACGGAUGGGAGGAUGGAUGGGUGGAACACCCACAGCAACACACGGACGGAGGACACUAGAAAACCCACCACAGAGGGCGGGAAAAAUACCCUCACGCACUGAUCCAUCCAUCCAGCCAUCCGCUGAAAGGGCUUCACUCAGUCGUCCUCCAUCUUGACCCUAACCUCCCCCUCCCCCUCGCCCUCUGUCUUCACUCUCGCCUCUUUCUUCUCCGCCUUCUUCUCCGCUGCUGGUGGCUGCUUAACAAUCCUCGGGCCCACACCCACACCCCUGUGGCUGUCGCACAUCCUCUUCUGCCUGUCCAGCAGCUCAAGCACCUUCGCAGGCACCGCAAGCCGCUCCUCUCUUUGGUGCUGGUGGUGGUGGUUCUGAUCCUCUCCUUGGUGCUGUGUCUGUGUGAGUGUCUCGUCUUUGAUGGCCGCAUGCUCCUCGGCCUUGUGCUCGAUCUUCUGGCGCUUCACCAGGGGGCUGCCCGAGCGGUCCAGCACCAUGGCGUCGGGCCAGAACCUGACACACAGACAAGGCACACACAAGAUGUAUGGAUUGGGUUUGGGAGUUCUGCCUGACUGACGGACCAGUGCAUCUUCUUGAGUGCGUUUUCCUUGGAGCAUUCUAGCAUGAGAGCCUGGUCGGGUACGCGCCGCUCGGGGGGGCGGCACUCGAUGCCCAACGCGGCGAAGAUCUCCUCCUCUGCACCACACAUCAAUCAGGACACACAGUAACUAUCCCAUACAGACCGACAGACAGACAGAUGGAUGGAGGAUGUGUGUGUGCGCACCUGACUCGCAUGGGAUGACCUGGCCCUGCCAGAUCUGAUGACAAAGCGGGAAGAGACACACAGGCAUAUGGUUGGUUGAUUGCCAGGCCAGCAGUGUGUGUGUUGCAGGGUGUGGUGUGUGUGUGGUGACGACCUUGUCCUGCGCUGCGCGCCGGUUGCCCUGCACACCCACCACACAGACACGCACACGCACACACAUGGAUGCGUUCGUUCUCGGUGCCACAGGAGUGCGUGCGCACCGGUCUAUGGUCGGCCUUUCGUUUGCUGUCCCUCAUGGCUUUGCAGAGCUUGUGCUCAGACAGGUGCAGACCCAUGUGGAUGGCAUGCUGCCGAAUCACACGGUUGAAGUGCCCACUGCCUGCACACAAAAACACACAGACACACACACAGAGAGAGAGAGAGAGAUGGAUGGACAGACCACACCAUGGUGGUCUGUCUUUCGGCUGGCCGACCGACCGCACCGGUGAAGUGGACGAGGGCGAAGGGAAACUCAGAUCGGUGCCACAUCUGGAUGGACAACAAGGACACGCCGUCUCACAAAACCACUCAUUCCUGCCUGCGCGGUCUCUCACAGCAGUUCCUCGUGUGUGGUUGCUUGCCUUGAUGUCUAUUCGUCGCUUGGGCCCCGAUCGGUCCGGCCAGCACACACCCAAAAACGUGACAGACGGAUGGCCGGGGUCCUCUGCACACACACACACACACACACACACAGAAAUGGACCACUCACGCAAAAGUGCGUGUGUGUUGUGCUCUUGUGUGUGUGGUUGUGUGUAACCGGGGUGUGGGAUGCCGCCCUGGACGGCUUUCCCCUUGUCAGGCUCCGACAUGCUCAGCGUGUCGACGAUGAACCCCUCGCCCGACAAACUGGUCAAUCAGCCAACAGUGAGUGACAAGACGCGCUAAUUGGUGGUGAAUCGAUUGCCAUCGGUGCCACCGACCUGUCGAGGAUUCGCUGCACCUCAGUGCCCACCUCCCGGUCGUCCGUUCGUGUGACGAGUAUGUCGAUGUCGCCCAGGUGCGUCUCGCCCCGUCUGUGGCUGCCGCACAGCUCGAGAUGCAGCUCUCCCGGCAAGAGCUCGGCCGCCUUUUCACACACCCGCUGGUAGAUGCUCUCCACCUCUGCCCGCGUCAUCUUGAGGGCAAAGUCGUCGACGUACUUGAGACACCGCCGCUGUCUGUCGGUGUCCAGCGCCUCUGGGUGUUUCUUGAUGUCGUCGAGGGUGCGGAAGCCGCGGGCCCACAGCCUGCCGGCCAUGGAGGGGCCGACCCCCCAGAUCUGGCAGAAAGACCGCAGCGCCUGCAGGCGCUCGUCUUUCUGCACACACGGACGGGAAGACGAUAUAUGGGUUGGCGGAGGGAGGGAGAGAGGGGAGUGUGGUGUGAUGGUUGUUGCUGUGGUGGGUGGCUUCGUGUGUGUACUUUGAAGUUGUUGAGGCGUUGGAGCUUGCCUGUGUCGAGCAGCUCCUGCACCUGAAUAUAUAAUCAAUCAGCACACAACAGACAGCACCCACAGCCACACUUGCGCAGAGAGCCCCACCCGGGAGGCAGCGCUCCCGAGCACACCUGCUCACCAGCCUACCUUCUCGCGCACUCUGGGGCCGAUUCCUUGCUGGCCGGCUGCAGAGCAGAGAAGACGUGACACACAGGGGAUGAAUGGUGGACGCUAUGGUAUGGUGUGAAGCCUAGUGGCUGACUGACUGACCGAUGUCGUCAGCUGACAAGAUGGGCUUGUCCAACCCAGCGAUGAACUUUGCAGCCCUCGAGUAGGUGUAACUGAUGGCACAGAGCACACACACGUCCCGUGUGUCUCUUUCUGCCUCCUGUGCUUUGCUUACUGCCGCCAUUGGUCGCUAGAGGCCUUGUACCCCUUCGACAGCUCAGUGAAGUGCUGCACAUACACACACACAUACGCACAGAAACAGAGCCAUGUUUGUCCAUCAUCACUAUCUUUGAGCGUUCACCCACCUCUGCCAUCCACUUGUUCCUCUCCAGCGAGGGCUUGGUGUAGUCGACGGUGCCGUCCUCUCCGCCCUCAAUCAUGAGCUCCUCACCAUCCUCACCAAGACCGAAGCCCUCACCCACGUGUGGCUCCAUCGCCAGCUCGUCUUCCGGCUCCUGCUUGACCACCGGAUGUGGCUGCUGCUGCUGCUGCUGCUGAGGGAGAGGGGGAGGGGGAGUCGUGUGGCUGUCGGAGCCACCACUGGCCGCAGCAGAUCUAGAGGCGGACGAGGGCGCGCUUGGCGCGCUCUCGGUGAACUGAUACAGGUAGGCUGAAUACACACACAAAGAAAGGCGUGCAGACGGGGGGUUGCAUGUGCAGAUUCAUUGUUUCCAUGGGAUCUGAUCUACCCACCCACCUUCAUCGUUCUGUCGUUUGCCCGUCUGAGAUGACUUGGUCAUCCACUCGUCACGCACCACCUUCGCCCGACCAGUGCUGAUGGACUCUUCUGUCAGGGAACUGUCGUGGAGAAAACGAAGGAACCCCUGAACGCCCAUACAGUACAUCACACAGUGACAGCCACACACAGAGAUAAAAUCCGCAAUCAUUCAGUCAGCGCACCUGACCUGUCUGCUGAGUGUCUUGGCCACGACGAUGUGUGUGAUAGCGGGGUUGAGUUCCUUCUUCUCCCGGCCCUCCUCGUCGAUGAAUGUGCUGGUGAUGUCCUGGAUGACCUGCCCGCCCUUGUCCUUGACGCGCUGACUCAUCGUGUUGAUGCGGGAGAGACCCAGAUCGCCCCGACGGACGAAAUACAAACUGCAUGACGAGAACACGCCGCCAGAUGAGGGCGAUUCAGCCAUUUCGAGUCGCAACUGGAGAGUAAGAGCUGCCGUAUCUGUGCGCGAUUUGUGCCACGUCCCCUUGU